CUGAGCUCUCUCACUGUGUGAAUGCAAGUAAGCCGGCGAGCCAGUCAGCGACCGAGAGGAAGUGUGUGAGGGUGAUAGGUGCAGAGUUUGUGUUUAAUGUGUGUGUGUGUGUGUGUGUGUGAGAGAGAGAGAGAAAGAGAGGGAGAGAUAGAGAAAGGCAGUUGCACUUUGUGUCGGUGCAGGAAAGAAAGCCAGGCAGCCGGUGCAGUGCUUUACAUCCUGCACCCUCCUCUGCCUCUCCCAGGACUGAACCACUACCGGGGACUCACUCUGUGGACUAUUCCGACGGCUUUCCUCUUCACUUGCUUUUGAAGGGAACACCUGUGUGUGUCGAGAGAGAGAGAGAGUGCGAGGAGACUCCGCGGACUUGGCCCCUGAGAGCAGGGCGGGUGGAUGACUUCAGUGGAUGAGGGUUUGGUCGGUGGAAAGAGGGAGACUGCUGAACAUGGGCUCCCCUUCGUAGUUGACGGGGCUGGCGAGGAGGAACAGGUCCUCCCGGUCAUCAUGUGCUCUCGGACCUCUCUUGACCCCGUCCCCGAGUGCCAGUUGUUCCCUGACGAGUCGGAGGAGUCGGAGGAGGGGGUAACAGAAGAGGGCAAAGAGAGGGAGUCAGACAGAGACAGUGCUGUGGAAAGCUCCCAGGGGUCUGACUCUCCAGAGGGUCUCACCAGACACUUGGACAAGGAAGACACACUGGGAGAGCUCUAUUUCUCUGGGGACAAGUGUGCUCAGGCUAGUAUCUCUAUAACCUCCGACCUUUCCACACGUUCUUCCGCCUCAUUGAACGAAGAGCAAUUUGAGGACUACGGUGAAGGGGAGGAACCAGAAUAUACUCCCAGCAGCCCCUCUCCAGACGACGAGACUCGGACUAACGGUUACUCCGACCUCGGCUCAUCUGUACCCUCAAGUGCGGGUCAGACCCCUCGGAAGGUACGUCACCAGUACGCCGGCGAGCUCAUGGACGUCUACUGCUCCCAGUGCAGCAAGAAGGUCAACCUACUCAAUGACCUGGAGGCUCGGCUCAAAAACCUCAGGGCUCACAGUCCCAGUCGAAAAAUCUCCAGCACUGCCUUUGGAAGGCAGCUGCUCCAGAACAGCAACCUCAGCAGCCGCAAUGGCAGUACGGAAGACCUUUUCAGAGACAGCAUCGACUCCUGUGACAUUGACAUCAACGAGAAGGUGAGUUUUCUUGAGAAGAAGGUAGCUGAACUCGAGAAUGAGAUUCUGAUGAAUAGUGACCUGAAGUCCAAACUGAAGCAGGAGAACACACAACUUGUACACAGGGUAAAUGAGCUAGAGGAACAGCUGAAGGACCAAGAGACUCGUGCGGAGCAAAAUUUCCAGGAGGAGUUAAGAAGACACAGAGAAACCUACAGCAAAAUGGAAAGAGACAAAAACACACAGAUAGAGCUACUGACCAGCCGUAUUAAGCAUCUGGAAGAGGAGAACACUGAGAUGUCUGUUAGUAUGUUUCGACUCAAAUCUCAGACAGAGAAGCUUGAUGAGGAGAAGCAAAGGAUGACAGACAAGCUGGAGGAUACCAGUCUGCGGCUAAAGGAUGAGAUGGACCUGUACAGGAAAAUGAUGGAAAAACUGAAACAAAACAGAGAGCAGUUCCAGAAAGAAAAAGAUGCCAUGCAGGAGUUAAUAGAGGAUCUGCGUCGAGAGCUGGAGCAUUUGCAACUGUACAAACUGGAUGCGGAGAAGCCUGGUCGGAGCCGCAGCUCCUCGACUGGACUUUCAGACUUUAACAGCAGGACCAGAGAGGUGGAGCUCGAGCAUGAAGUUAAGAGACUGAAGCAGCAAUGUGCAUCCCAGGACUUUCUUCCCCCUGACUUCCAUCUCCUGGUGUUGUCUGGGGCUCAGCGCUGCCCCGGACUCACGGAAACCCAGAAGCUGAGGGAGCAGAAUGAAGACCUGAAUGGUCAGAUUCUCAGCUUAAGCCUCCAUGAAGCCAAGAACCUGUUUGCCACCCAGACCAAGGCUCAGUCUUUAGCUGCUGAGAUAGACAGCGCCUCCAGAGAUCAGUUGAUGGAAGCCCUGAAGGAACAGGAGGACAUCAAUUUAUGCCUGCGGCAGUACAUGGACAAGGUUAUUCUGUCCAUCUUGGACCACAACCCUUCCAUUUUGGAGAUAAAGAACUAGCAUACGCCUAGCUGGGAUGGAAAUCAUCAGUCCUAAUGUCAAAUGGUUGCCAGUUAUCUGUUCUGGGAAUCUAUACAGGAGGACGGCAAAGAUGAGUGGACUUGGUUUAUGUAAAUGGACCUGCUUUGCCAUCUGCUGUUUGCUCUGAGGACAUUUUCUCCCCAUGGACUAAUAUUCAGCGAUACAUUGUGAGGGACUUUUCUCAGUGAGCGAAUGCUAAACAACUGAUGGUUAUGCAAAUGUGACUGUUGGUCUCAGUCUGCACUGUUUUCUUACUCUGCUGCUCUGUUCUGUUCAUAUUGUUAUGACUUUUUUUAUGUUACAAGCUGGUAGCUUCUAAGCAGGAAUAACCUGAGCCCAACCUGCUUUUAAAACUGACGCAGUCAGUCAGUGGAGUGCACUGGAAUUAAUCUAAAGGGCAUAAAUACUGGAACAGCCUAACACGUCUUACCUUCAAAAAGUAAUUAUUGAACGAUAAAUGACUGGUAGGGUCUAUUUUUGGAAAAACAGUAUGUCAGAUUAAAAAAAGAAAAAAGAUGGCAAGUAGAUGGUUACCCUGUUCCAGACAGACAUGAAGGCAGCCAUGUUGCCUGACCUGUGUACAAGAGAUGAUGAAUGCAUGUAAUCAUUAAUUUGGACAAGCAUGUAUUUUGAAAAGAAUAAGAAAUGAGCAAGCUCAAAGAAAGAACAGAAGGAAUGUUUUUGGAAGUUGAAACAAAUAACAAUGAAAUGCUUUGGAAUGUUGGACUCUACAUCCUGGAGAAUAGUUUCUUUGUAAAAUCAGUGAAAGGUACACUGAAGGGUUUUUUAAUGUUUUUUUUUUAUCUUAAGAAUAGUCUUCCAAAAAACUUUGCAUCUAUGUCAAUCAGAGCGGUCGUCCUUAGUUGGCUCAGAAGGGUUGAACUGAUUGACAGAAGUUGUAGCCAAGGAAUGUCUUUAAACUCUAAAGUGAAGCCUGAGCUGGAAGAGAUUUGCAGCUGGUAGUAAUAUACCCAAACAAUGUUGCACAGGAACGUUUUGAUAUGAAUGUGUGGGGUAGCUACGUCUGAGUGAUUGAUGGUGUCUGUAACAGGCCAUUUAGACGCAUCUAUAAACACAGAGAGAUCAACUUACAAACCAUUUGGAUCAGCAAUCUCAUUGCCACCUUCUAACAACACAUUUACAUGAAGCCCUGAUUUACUUUGUGUGACUAAUAAACUGCUGUAAAUAUAAUGAACUAAAUGUUUUACUUCCUGUGUGGCCAAAAGGCAUUUGUAAUUUAAUGUAAUUGGUUAAAACAUGUUUUAAUACACAUGUACAGUAUUUAGUACUGCAAUUGAGGGUUACUUUAAGUGGAUAGGUUGACAUUUUUGAGGUGAGAUUCUGGCAAAAGCUUACAAAUGGUUAAUUUCUUACCUGCAGCAAAUAGCUGUCUCUUGGUGUCUAGAGUGUCUACAUUUAGUAUAAACCCAUAUUAGAUGGUCUCAGAGGAUAAUGCUAAAUUGUAGUAGAGACUUCAGUUGCCAUUGGGUGUUUUUUGUUUGUUUGUUUUUAAUAAAAAGAAAAACAUAUAAUUAUUUACAUGGACGAUGGAGUUCAGACCCAGUGUGCCACCACAGAGCUUCCGUUGUGAAACAUAGACUGACACCAGAAUAUGUACAGUAAAGCAUUUCCAUUCAAACUAAAUCUCUAAUAGAAACAAUAAAAAAAAUGCAAUAGAAAAAUAUUUUGUUUUGAUUUAAAUUAGCCUGUUUUUUAAUUUAUUUUUACACACCCAUACUAUGCUAUAAUUUCCCAGUAUGUUUCACACAGGACGAUUUUUGGUGGUACACAUCCUUCUAUCUCUGUUUGUGUAAAUAAUUAUUUUUUUCUGUAAAUAACCACUUAAAGCAAAUGUAACAACAGCUUAAAGAUUUAUAAAAUACUAUUGACAUAAAUUAUUUUUGAGUUGGGCUUUGUUUUAAAGCCUCUGCAAUCCACUAUGGUCUUGGUCAUCCUCAGGCUAGCCCUUAGCUGCAGCUGGAGGAACCAUCUAAUCUGGAUAUUUACCAAAUGAAGAUGCUAACAGAGUUACUACAGGUAAAAUAAUACUGCUUAUAAUCCUUUAACUCAGGAACUCAAGUCAAACUUCCUGAACUGUCCCAUUAAAGGAGGAACAAUCAAAAUCUGCUGUAUUAUGUAAUUCUCACAAACUUGAGUUUUGCUUCCUUGCACAAAAAAUAUCUUGUUUUCUUUUGCAUGGCUUACAUUUUUCUCUGUCUGUGCCUUCUGAGGACAUUUUUUCAAGAUGAACUUGCUCUAGACUUACACAUUUUUCAAGGUACACUUUGUGUCUGUCAGACUUGUUUUCCUGACUUAUAAAUGUUGUACUGGAACAGUAAUCAUUUGUAUUGAUGUGCCACUUACCACUCUUUUUAAGACUGGUACUAAAAAAACUAUUUUUACAGUUUUAUCAAAGAGAAACCAGCUUGUUGCCUAGGUGCUUUGUUGGAUGUAUAGCACAAUGCUUUGUAUGGUACUUAGACUGGCUCCUGUUUUGUCUGUAUAGUGACUAAUUCUUUUUUCUUUAAAAUUAGUUUCUAUUUCUUUCGUUUGUUUUAACUUUUUGUUAGCUAUGGUCAGAUGAGUAAUUUUCACAUUGCUUAAAACUGACUUUUUGUAUGGUUGUAAACCGUCUUCCUACUUCAACUGUGAGCAUUAUGAGCAAUAUUAACUUAUACAAAUACUGGCUCAUCGGUUCUUUCAAUAGCUGCUUGUGCCAUCCUCAAUUUGAAUAAAAUCCAACCCAACAUCAA